AACAGGAAACCUUGCUCUGGUCCUAAGUUAAAAGAGAUGACCGGUAGUGGCAUCUUUGGAGCUGAUUACGAAGAUGAUGUAUCGGAGUCUGGUAGUUCCGUGUCAAAUCCUACUAGUAGAACAUCUGUAAGAAUUUAUCAGCAAGUAACAAGCGGCAUCAGUCAAAUUUCCUUUAGUGCUGAGGAGGGUGUUUCCCCAAAGAAACCAACCUCAAUUCCAGAGGUAGCUAAGCAGCGAGAAUUAAGUGGAACACUUGAGAGUGAAGCCGAUGCUAAAGUGAAGAAACAACUAUCUGAUGCAAAAAACAAAGAACUUAGCGGGCAUGACAUAUUCGGUCCUCCACCUGAGAAUCCUCCCAGGCCUUUGGCUGCACGGAAUUUGGAAUUGAAGGGACAACUGGACUUUGGUGAACCCGCACCGCGCAGCAUACAUACAUCAGUAAAGGUGUCUAAUGUAAGUAUCAUGAUUAUUUUAUUUUAUUUUAUUAAUAAAGCUUAUAUGAUACUUGGUUCUAUUGUUUGCACAUCUAAAAAAAUUAUUGCAUGCUUUCUUUUAGGCAUUAGAUAUGAGGCGCCGCCGGCGUGGGGGGAGAAGCCGCUGAGCUCUGCAAAGCUGAAGGAGAUGAGCGGCAGCGAUAUAUUUGCUGAUGUGAAGACUGCCCCUCGUGACUACUUCGGAGGGGUGAGGAAGCCUCCAGGUGGGGGGAGCAGUAUUGCUCUGCUUUGAUUUUACUCAAGGUUUUAGUAAUCACCAUUUGGAUUUCUAAUCCUUAGAUGUGUUUUGUUGAUUUGGUUGUAGUUCUUGUUUUCAGGAUAUCUGUACUUCAUGAUUACUACUCUCUUGUGUGUCUUGUUUUCAGGAUGUUUGUUCUAGUGAUUACUUCUCUCUCUUCUCUA